AGAGAAAUACCUGAAUCACACUCGAAGAUGAGAGCUUAUUACGUCCUUGCCUGCCUGGCCGUCCUGGUUGCCGUCAGUGGCGCCGCCAACAUAAGACCCUCGGUGACCGCCGUCAACAACCAGUUGUACCGCCGCUAUGUCUGCGCAAAUAAAGAGGAUGGAUUCCGCGCUCUCGUGCCCGGCAGCUGCUCCAACUACUAUGAGUGCCAGAGUGGUCUCGCCAUUGAGACCGUCUGCUCCCGCUUCUUUGAUGCCAAGGUCAAGCAAUGUGUCAACUACAAUACCGGGUGCAUUGAAGUCAAGCAAACUGCAUCUGUGACUGCUAUUGGUGGCAACUCAGCUGCUCCUUGCGCUGAAACCGUAACCACUCCAUGCGCUCCGGUAGUAACAACUCCAUGUGCUCCAGUGCCAACAACACCGUGCGCUCCAGAAACAACAACCACAUGCACUCCAGCAACAACAACCACAUGUACCACCACCACAUGCACUCCAGCAACAACAACCACAUGCACUACCACCACAUGCACUCCAGCAACAACGACAACAACCACUACACAUGCUCCAGCAACAACAACCACAUGCACUACCACCACAUGCACUCCAGCAACAACGACAACAACCACUACCCAGGCUCCAGCAACAACAACCACAUGCACUACCACCACAUGCACUCCAGCAACAACAACCACAUGCACUACCACCACAUGCACUCCAGCAACAACAACCACAUGUACUCCGGCAACAACAACCACAUGCACGACCACCACAUGCACACCAGCAACAACAACUUCUUGCGCUCCAGUAAUAACAACUCCAUGCGGUCCAGAAACAACAACCACAUGCGGUCCAGCCGUAACCACUAAGUGCGCUCCAUCUUCGGGAAAGGUAGUGCCUUCUUCCCUUAGUGUAAGGCCCGUCGUAAGACCAAGUGGUCCUCUCCCCGAGGUGGCCCAUCAACCCAUCCAGAUGGCCUCCGCACCCAGCGAGCUGAACAUGGACCUGUACACGAGCUACGUGUGCCGCAGCAAGCCCGAUGGAUUCAUGUUGGCCUCCCUCACGAGCUGCAACAACUACUACAUCUGCCGCUAUGGAAUGCCCCUGCAGGUUAGCUGUGGUCAGAAGUACUUCAACGCCCUGAAGGGCAUCUGCGAUCUGCCCGAGAAUACACGCUGUGUGCAGCCACAGGCUUAGAUGAGCCACCCGACAGCACCUCAAGACGCCACCUACAGCAGAAGAAAAACGCGAGGACUUAAUCCACCAGUUUCCAUAUUAAUUAAUUAAGUUUACGCUCUAACAGAGCUCAAUUCGAUGUAAAGAUAAAAUACAGAAAUGCAAAUGCUAAUACAGGCCAUAAAAUA